AUGAAGGUGGUGGUCGGGUCCGCAAGUGCCAUAAAGCUGGCGGCUCUGCAGAAGGUGUACCCUGACGCCUCAGUCAGCGGUGUGGAGGUGGUGUCAGCAGUACCACCCCAGCCCGUGGGCCGCCCUCAAACGGAAGAAGGGGCUCGGCACAGAGCGGUGGAGGCGCACAAGGCCAAGCCCGGUAUUGAGAAUGGGAUGUACCAAGUCGAGCACGAGGGACAGCUCAAGUGGGUGGAUGCGGCCUGCAUCGUCGUCAUCUGCAAGAAGGAGGGCGGAAAUGUCGAAUCUGUCGUCUGGAGCGAUGAGAUAGACAUACCCGCCGAUUUCCCUAAGGGGCCAGAGGGCGAAUGGUCCGUGCUGAAGGAUCCCCAUAAUGAGAUCACUCAAGGCAAGAGACCGCGAGCGUCGUUCAUUUCCGAUGCUUUGCUUGCUUGGAAGAAUGAAGAGGCGUGA